AUGACAACAAUCUUGAAAGGUCUCUGUCUCUGCGGUAGUGUUGAAAAAGCAGUGCGCUUUCAUGACAGAGUGCUGGCUCAUGGAUUUCACUUCGACCAAGUCACUUAUGGGACCUUGAUCAAUGGCCUCUGUAAGACCGGACACACAUCAGCUGCUAUUCAAGUGUUGAGAAAGAUCCCACAUUAUGGCGUUGCUCCUGAUGUCUUCAUGUACAGCGCAAUUAUUGAUAGCCUCUGCAAGGAUACACUUGUAAGUCAGGCUUUUCAUUUAUUUUCUGAAAUGCUUGCUAAGGGAAUUUCUCCCGAUGUUAUCACAUACAGUUCUCUCAUUUUUGGAUUGUGUCUUGUGGGUCAAUAUAAGGAAGCCGUUGAUUUACUAAAUCAUAUGAUGCUUAAAAACAUUACUCCUAAUGUAUAUACCUAUAGUACUUUGAUCGAUGGGCUAUGCAAGGAAGGAAAGAUCAAAGAUGCUAAGAAUGUGUUGGCUGUGAUGAAAAAACAUGGUGUGAAACCAGAUGUGGUGUGGUUACUUAUAAUAGCUUAA